CCGAGCUGUGUCUCCAUGAUGAGUGACCUGUCUAUGGAUCAUCCUAUUGGCUUUAAAGUUGGUCAAGGUGCUAUUGAUGAAAGAGUUCACCAGGGUAGCUCAGAGGGCCUCGGUGGUCAGUCUGCCCAGCAGCAGCAAACAGACCUGUACUCCAUAUUUAUGCUGUUGGAGGAAAGCAUCAUCACUUUUGUAAAGAAUGAGCUGAAGAAGUUUCAGAAGGUUCUGAGUCCAGAUUACCCAGAAUGUUUAGAGAGUCAGAGGCAGUAUGAAGUGUUGGACGGUGAGGAUGAAGAGCAGAAGAGGAGCAGCAGAGAGGCGUUUCUGAAGAUCCUACUGCACUUCUUGAGGAGAAUGAAGCAGGAGGGGCUGGCUGACCGUCUGCAGAACAAAACUUGUGUUGCAGUGUGCCCCCCUAAAUUCAAGUCCAACCUGGAAAAGAAGUUCCAGUGUGUGUUUGAGGGGAUUGCAAAAGCAGGAAAUCCAACUCUUCUGAAUAAUAUCUUCACGGCAAUCUAUAUCACAGAUGAAGGGGCUGCAGAGGUCAAUGAAGAACAUGAGGUCAGACAGAUUGAAACAGCAUCCAGAAAAUCAGACAGACCAGAAACAACAAUCAGACAAGAAAACAUCUUUAAAGCUCCACCUGGAAGAGAUGAACCAAUCAGAACAGUGAUGACAAAGGGAGUGGCUGGCAUUGGGAAAACAGUCUUAACACAGAAGUUCACUCUGGACUGGGCUGAAGGCAAAGCCAACCAGGACAUCCAGUUCAUAUUUCCAUUUACUUUCAGAGAGCUGAAUGUGCUGAAAGAGAAAAGGUACAGCUUGGUGGAACUUAUUCAUGACUUCUUUAGUGAAACCAAAGAAGCAGGAAUCUGCAGAUUUGAAGACUUCCAGGUUGUGUUAAUUUUUGACGGUCUGGAUGAGUGUCGACUUCCUCUGGACUUCCACAACACUGAUAUCCUGACUGAUGUUACAGAGUCCACCUCAGUGGAUGUGCUGCUGACAAACCUCAUCAGGGGGAAACUGCUUCCCUCUGCUCACCUCUGGAUAACCACACGACCUGCAGCAGCCAAUCAGAUCCCUGCUGACUGUGUUGACAUGGUGACAGAGAUCAGAGGGUUCACUGACCCACAGAAAGAGGAGUACUUCAGGAAGAGAUUCAGAGACAAGAAGCAGGCCAGCAGAAUCAUCUCCCUUGUCAAGACAUCAAGAAGCCUCCAAAUCAUGUGCCACAUCCCAGUCUUCUGCUGGAUCACUGCUACAGUUCUGGAGGAGGUGUUGGAAACCAGAAAGGGAGGAGAGCUCCCCAAGACCCUGACUGAGAUGUACAUCCAAUUCCUGGUCAUUCAGUCCAAACUGAAUAACAUCAUAUCUGGUGGAGGAGCUGGGCCCGAUUCAAACUGGAAUAAAAAGACAAAGAAGAUGAUUGAGUCUCUGGGAAAACUGGCUUUUGAGCAGCUGCAGAAAGGCAACUUGAUCUUCUAUGAAUCAGACCUGACAGAGUGUGGUAUUGAUAUCAGAGAAGCCUUGGUGUACUCAGAAGUGUUCACACAGAUCUUUAAAGAAGAGAGAGGACUGUAUCAGGACAAGGUGUUCUGCUUUGUCCAUCUGAGUGUUCAGGAGUUUCUGGCUGCUCUUCAUGUCCAUCAGACAUUCAUCAACUCUGGAGUCAACAUGCUGUCAGGAGAACAAACAACCUCCUGUCUUACUAAAGUCCUCAGAGUCAAACCUAAAGUAAAACGUCUCCAUCAGAGUGCUGUGGACAAGGCCUUACAGAGUCCAAAUGGACACCUGGACUUGUUCCUCCGCUUCCUCCUGGGUCUUUCACUGCAGACCAAUCAGAAACACCUACAAUGUCUGAUGAAAUAUGCAGGAAGUAGCUCACAGACCUAUCAGGAAACAGUUGAGUACAUCAAGAUGAAGAUCAGUGAGAAUCUGUCUGCAGAGAGAAGCAUAAAUCUGUUCCACUGUCUGAAUGAACUGAAUGAUGGUUCUCUAGUGGAGGAGAUCCAACAGUCCCUGAGUUCAGGAAGUCUCUCCACAGAUGAACUGUCUCCUGCUCAGUGGUCAGCUCUGGUCUUCAGUUUACUUUCAUCCGAAAACAUUCUGGACGUGUUUGACCUGAAGAAAUACUCUGCUUCAGAAGAGGCUCUUCUGAGGCUGCUGCCAGUGGUCAAAGCCUCCAACAAAGCUCUACUGAGUGGCUGUGACCUCUUAGAGAGAGGCUGUGAAGCUCUGUCCUCCGUUUUCAGCUCCCAGUCCUCUAGGCUGAGAGAGCUGGACCUGAGUAACAGCAACCUACAGGAUUCAGGAGUAGAGCUGGUGUCUCCUGGAUUGAAGAGUCCACACUGCAGACUGGAAACUCUCAGAAUGAGUGGCUGUAACCUGUCAGAGAGAAGCUGUGAAGCUCUGUCCUCAGUUCUCAGCUCCCAGUCCUCUAGUCUGAGAGAGCUGGACCUGAGUAACAAUGACCUACAGGAUUCAGGAGUGGAGCUGGCGUCUCCUGGACUGAAUAGUCCACACUGCAGACUGGAAACUCUCAGGGUGGACCAUUGUGGACCGCAAAGACUGAGACCUGGUCUGAGGAAGUAUGUCUGUGAUCUGGAAGUGGACACAAACACAGUAAACGGAUACCUCAAACUGUCUGACAACAACAUGAAGGUGACAAAUGUGGAGGAGGAGGAUCAGUCAUAUCCUGAUCAUCCAGACAGAUUUGACCACUGGCCUCAGCUGCUGUGUAGAAAUGGUUUGACUGGUCGCUGUUACUGGGAGGUCGAGAGGAGAGGAAAGGUUUAUAUAGCAGUGAGUUACAGAGGAAUCAGCAGGAGAGGAGACAGUGAAGAAUGUUUGUUAGGAUGGAAUGAUCAUUCCUGGAGACUGCACUGCUCUGAUGAACAUGGUUCCUCUUUCAUGCACAAUAAGAGAAAAACAUGCAUCACCUCCUCCUCGGUCUCUGACAGAGUAGCAGUGUAUGUGGACGUUACUGCUGGCUCUCUGUCCUUCUACACCGUCUCCUCUGACUCACUGAUCCACCUCUACACCUUCAACACCACAUUCACUGAACCUCUUUAUGCUGGGUUUGGGUUCUGGUCUGGUUCCUCAGUGUCUCUGUGUCCUCUGCAGGACUGAGAGUCUCUCCUGUGGACAGAAACACUGACUGAAGAUCAGCUGCUAAAAUCAAAGUUCAGUCUGUUCACCAUCACACAUGUAUAUGUAACAUCUAAAAAAUAAUCAACUGUUAUUGGUUACUAUUAUGUCCUUUUUUUAUUUUUAAUCAUAUUGUAAUAUAUUCAAAAUUUGGAAAACAAAUGUUUCUAUAAACAAUCAUCAUAUAGUCUAAAGUUUCUAAAUGCUUUUAAUAAAAUCUAUACGUUUCAU